GUAAAUAAUUUUUUAAAAAAAAAAAAUUGCAAAAAAGUAUUAUCUUCUGUUCAACAAAAAGCCAACAACCAGCAACGGGGGACCUCUGAUGACCGAGAGGCCUCGAGGCUGGUCUGGAGCAUAGAAAAGCUAAAAUGGGAAGGACACGAAGAACGGGAAGGAAGACAAGACCUUAUGGUGGUGGAGUUGUUACAAUAGAUCUUGAGUCUGAGGGUUGCACAGAUCAACCUUCAAAACAUCGCACAUGUUGGAAGCAUAUCCAAGCUCUUAUGCAUGCUCGAAGAACGAGGAUAACCAAACAACAAGCUGAAGAGAUUGAAAGCUUUAAAUUAACAUCCCCAUGCUUUUUACAGACAAUUCCUUGCCGUGAGCGAUCAAAGAAAAGAUUCAAGCGCAAUAAUGCAGUCUCAAAACUGAAAAAAGAGCUAGAUAGUGUUUCUUUCAACUGCUACAUGGAAAAUUUGUGGAAGAGCUUCUCAGAAGACAAGAAGAUGUCCUUCGCAUACCUCGACAGCUUAUGGUUUACCAUGUAUACAGAAGCAUCCUCUGGAGUGAAAGUCCUGGAAUGGAUCAAGAGGAAAGACAUCUUUUCAAAGAAAUAUGUUCUUGUUCCUAUUGUUCGCUGGUGUCACUGGAGCCUCUUGAUCUUCUGCCACUUUGGUGAGAGUUUGCUAUCAGAAAACAUAGCACCAUGCAUGUUGCUACUGGAUUCACUUGAGAUGGCAAAUCCUAAGCGGCUUGAACCAGACAUAAGAAAGUUUGUAUGGGACAUCUACGAAGUAGAGGGCAGGACUGAAAACAAGCAUAUGAUUUCUCAGAUUCCAUUAUUGGUGCCUAAGGUGCCACAACAGAGAAAUGGUGUAGAAUGUGGCAACUAUGUCCUCAACUUUAUAAAUUUGUUUGUGCGAGAUGCUCCCGAGAACUUUUGCAUGGAGGGUUACCCUUAUUUUAUGAAAGACAAUUGGUUCAGUCCUGAAGGAUUGGAGCACUUCUGCGAGAAACUUGAAUCCCUUGAAAGCGAUAUCCUUUAGUUCUACAAGAUCUAACAGUGAUAUUAUCGUUUGUGUCGCUAACAACACUGAUUGCUUGUAUUAUUCUUGGUUAUAUGAUGAGAUUAGGGGCAGACAAUGAUUGGUCAAUCACGCAAGAGGUGUAUAUAUUGCAGGUUCUGCUCUAGGUUCCUAACUAUAAGUAUUUCCUUGAUGUCUUACAUUUAUUGUAUAAAAAGCUAUCAUGAAGAU